CCCAGGGCAGGCAGGGGGAUGUUCCCCUUGCCCUGGUUCCCACGGACCGGCCGUGCUGCCGCUCCUCUCCAGCCAAAAGCAGCCGCAGCCGCACUCGAGCCCAUCCCUCGCUCGUCACCGCCGCAGGAGGUGAAGCCCAGCAGGGCUGACAAUGGGAACGGGAGGGAGGGCCGGGGCAAGGACGCGCAGCUCGGGGUGCCCAGCCCUCCCCACGGCUGGCACGGUGGGUGCUGCCCUGCCCUGCCCUCCCUCUCUCCCAAAGGCCCUGUGCCUCCCCUCGUGACUGCGAUAAACAUUACACCGAGGCCAUUAAUGUUUAAUGAGGUUUGUCUCCCAAUUAAUGCGCCUUCCCGUGGGUGCCCACUCGCAGAGCGAGGCGCCCGCCGGACACGCCGAGGCCAUGGGUGACGGUAAGGACAGCCACCCCUGUGGGGACACCGUGCGAGGGGCAGCACCGCUCCCUCCCGCCGCGGGGAAAGCUCUCCGUGGGGAUUUGGGGUGGGCAGACGUGGGGUUGGAUGCUCAGAGCUCCACAGCCCCGUGGCACACGAUGCUGGGCUUCUCCUCGGGGUGAUUCCUCCUUCCGAGGCAGAGGCUGGGCUGGUGCGGGUGCUGCAGGGGAGGUGGCUGGAGCGGUGACACGGUGACUGACACGGUGACGAGCUCGCUAGCAUGGAGGGGGCUGUUGGGGUGCAUCUGGUGCGAGGUGUGAGCCUCAGGCGUUGUUCCUGUGCACUGAGGGGACAGAGCCACUGCUGGGGCCCUGCAGGCAGUGCCAUCUCCCGAGGGAGUGGGGCUGGUCCCUGCUGCAGCUGCACCUGGAACUCCAAGGCUCCCGAGCAUCCUGCAAGUGCAUCCCGUGGAUUUGCCAAGGCCCUUAAAGCUCCCGGGGUCAGACCCAGGAGUUUCCUGGCUCAGCUGCGUGCCAGGGAAGUCACAGCACUGUCACUUGCACUCCUCGACCCUGGUCUGUCCCACCUCCACACGGUGAGGACACAGUCCCCACUGGAGUUUCUCCUCUUUGCAGAGCAAGUGCCCGAGCAGGGCCAGGACAGGUUCAGCUACGACUAUGACACAAUCCGUAACGGGGGGCUGAUCUUCGCCGUGGUGGCUUUUGUGAUCGGGCUCAUCAUCCUCAGCCAGCGGUUCCACUGCGGAGGGAGGAAGAAGAGGAGGCAGGGGAGCGAGGACCAGCUGUAGGUGCAGAGCCGCAGUGCCACCACGGAGGCAGAGCUCCAGCCGAAACCCAGGAGCCCUGGCCAGUGGCCACCCCUCACCCCGCUCCAGUGGAUCCAUUACCCCGCAAGGCCAGAACGCAAAUUACCCUCGUGCUUCCCCUCUCUUAGACCCAGCAAGAGUUCCUUGGCUAAUAAAGUUCAAGCUC